GGCAAUCAUAUGUCAUUGACUCAUCAACAAAACACAACAAUCGUAAAUAUUAAUUUGUUUUACUAAUUAUUCAUUUCCUAAAUAUUAUUAUGGAAUGGUAACAUAUUUGAAUAAAUUUUACGUGUUCUGAGAAACGUGUGAUUCAGGGCCCCAAAGUUUUAACAAGCCAGUUUUCUUUAUAUCCUUUUUAAAUCGUUUAUAUUCCAACAAUGGAAGCGAAAAUUGAGCCGCUCGAGUGCCUAAGGGAUUCUCCCAAGUUCAGGACUCUGCUGGAAGAAGAGGAACAAAGUAUUGAACAAUUGGAACAUCGAUUGGAAAAAAUUUUAAAAAUAUCUUCUACAAUGAUUGAAGCAGGGAAAACCUAUGUUGGACAACAGAGUCUAUUUGCAAAUAGUCUUUGGGACCUCAGUUUGCAUUUUAAAGAAGACCCAGAUGUUCUUAGUGCCUUAAAUAAAUUGAUUCAUAGCUUACAAGAAAUGAAUAAGUUCCAUACAACGUUACUUGAUCAAGCUUCAAGGAGUAUAGUAAAAAAUAUAAGUACUUUUAUUAAAAGUGAUAUUAAGGCUGUAAAAGAUUACAAACAUCACUUUGAGAAAUACUCUAAUGAUUAUGACAACAUUCUCCUAAGAAACUCACACAUUUCCAAAAACAAACCGCAAGAAGUUGAAGAAGUUCAAAACGUCUUAGUGGCUGUGAGGUCAUGCUUUGGUCACCAAGCAUUAAACUAUGUUAAUAGCAUUUAUGUUUUACAAGCUAAAAAGAGACAUGAAAUUCUCAGUACUCUCUUGUCUUAUAUGCAUGCAUGUACUGCUUACUUUCAUCAAGGUGAAGAUCUGUGCGAAGACUUACAACCAUUUUUUAAAAGGCUAGCAAAUGAGAUUAGCAAUAUGAGUUAUGAAACCAGAAAAAUUGAAAAAGAGGUCGAAAACUCUCAUAGCUUGGUCUCACAACCAGAAAGCCAACCUAUUUCAGUUUCAAACGACAGAAAAUCCCCUAAAUUAGAAGGUUAUCUGUUUAAAAGGACCUCUAAUGCAUUUAAAACCUGGAAUCGUCGAUGGUUUUAUUUAUAUGAUAAUAGGCUCGUUUAUAGGAAAAGGUCAGGAGAUGAUGCUGACACAGUAAUGGAAGAGGAUUUGAGGCUGUGCACAGUUAAACCUGUCACUGAAGGGGAAAGAAGGUUUUGUUUUGAAAUAGUGUCUCCCUCAAAAAGUCAUAUGCUACAAGCAGACUCUGAGGAAAUGUAUCAUCUCUGGAUAGAAACUUUGCAAAAAUGUAUUGGUGCGGCAAUUCAACGAGUUCAAAGUAUCGAUUCUCAGGAGAAAAGUAGUGAAGAAAAUCAAUAUUUAAAUAGUACUGGUUUGAACCAGUCUGUUAAUAAUAACAAAAAAGUUCAAAAGAUACGAAUAUGGGAAAAAAUAAUAAAAAUCCCCGGAAACAAUUUUUGUGCCGACUGUAAGAGUCCAAAUCCCCGUUGGGCUAGCAGAAACUUAGGAAUAACAUUGUGUAUAGAAUGUUCCGGAGUUCACAGGAGUCUGGGGGUACACUACAGCAAAGUGAGAUCCUUGACUCUGGACGAUUGGGAACCGGAAGCGGUGAAAGUGAUGGCCGAACUUGGCAAUGAUGUUGUCAAUAAAAUCUAUGAAGCCAAUGUACCGGAAGGGUUUCAGAGGGCAUCCGAAAACUGUACAGGUAUUGUUAGAGAAGAAUGGAUCAAAUCGAAAUACGUUGAUAAAGCGUUCGUAAGAAAAUUAUCCCAAUUCGAAGCAGAACAAGGUUCGAGCGAGAACCCUACCGAACUAAAAAAGUGGACCGUGAAAAAGAUCCGCAGGUCAUGCAGGUACACCAACAAAAAAGCCGUAAAAAAAGAACAACUGAAAGAAAAUCUCGAUGAAAAGGAAAAAGACGAAAUGGAACUUCCGGGGGAAAACUCAUCCGAAAAAAACGAGGAAGUUGGAAGCGAUAUUCUCUUAUUUGGUAAUGAUUUGGACGAGGAAACCGUUAGUACUAUUGACUUGAGUGAUCAGGAGAGUACUGAGGGUGACGAAAAUGGUUAUGCAGGUGUAGAAGAGAUAGAAAAUCUCGAUUUUGACCUUUUACUAUAUAAAGCAGCAGCCGUUCACAACUUGCCAGUGAUGUGUCAAGCAUACGCCUUAGGGGCAAACAUUAAUUGGACAAACCCGAAAGAUAAAGACAGGACACCUUUACAUGCUGCAGUGUUAAGUGGUUCUGUCAUGGCUUGCGCCUAUUUGCUCCUGAACGGGUCGAAAAUCAACGCGCAAGACAAAUGCGGACAUACGCCAUUGCAUUUAGCCACCGAAGAGGGUCACACGGCGCAAGUUUGUUUGUUUCUUAAAUAUAAGGCUGAUCAGCAUUUGGAAGAUGAGAAUGGAAAAGUGCCUUUGGCCAUGGCUGAAACCAAAGAGCAUGCUGAUAUUGUUACUUUAUUGCGAUUGGGUCGACUCAACGAAGAAAUGACGAAUGCGGAAUCCGGGAUUUCCGGAGACGAUAUGUUCAACGACGUAGUUCGGGAUUUUUCCCGAAUGGCCCCGGAAAAACUACUUAGGUCCAAAACCUUUAACGAAUAAUAGUGAUAUUAUAAGGUGCCUCGAAAUGUUUUCAUAGUCUAUGUAUGUUACUAAUUAUUGCUUUUAGUACUCACAAAUACUGAGUUUUUCUUAUACAUACAGGGUGUUAAAAAAAAUUAAAUUAUUUCUCUGUAAAUUGGUUGAUUUGGAAAAGUAUGAGUGGUAAAUACAGUGGCCUGAUAAAUGAUCAAUAAAAAAAUAUUUGUGACUUUAUUACAAUGAAACUAACAGAAAAUAUAUAAUUUUUUAGAAAAAGCUAAAACUUAUCAUUGAAUUAUAAAGAAUGUAUGAUAUAUGAGACCAAAGUUUAAUUAUUCUUGUAAAAUCAUUCAAUGAUCUCCUUUUGGCAACUAUCUAUUUGUUGUUUUUAUUUAAAAAUGUUGUUUUUCCAUGUUGUGCGGAAUUAUGAUUAAAGUUACACAAGUGAUGUUUCAAUAUCUUUAUACAAAAAUUGUUACAAUUUUUAAUGUAAUUCUAUUUUAAUAAUCUCUUUUUUAAGGUUUAACCCUGUAUAGUAUGAAGAAAAGCUAUUUUAGCAUCUAAUUUAGAUAUUGUUUGUAGAAUAAUAGACAUCACCCAGUAUUGUUUUACUCACUCGGUAUUUAUGGACAUUCCUAUUUCCAGGGUGUCCUUUUUAAGCGAUACUAAUGUUAAAUUAGAAAAAAUUAGCUUUAUAAAAUAAGAGAGAUAAUUUUUAGGCUCCUUAGAGCUAUAAUUUAUAAAUUUUGUGUCAUUUUCCAGAUACAAGUGAAAACAUUUGCCAAAAACUUUCUUUUGACGUAGAAUUGAGGUAUGAACAACAUUUUAUUUUAUAAAACGGACCUACAGCAUCGGACAAAAAUAGAGCGACGAUACAGUUUUUUUCUUUUAUUAAAAAAGCAAAAACGCAAGAAGAAUUAAAACUCAAUAAAACAAAUACACUCAUUAAUAAACAUAUAUUUAUUACAUAACAUACCAAAAUUCUUCCGUAUAAACAAGAUCAUAAAAAGAAAAGUUAAAUAUUUCUAUACGACUAAAAUUAAGCGACGCUUACAAUAAAAAUAAAAGAAAACAUUAUCAGAUUGCACUCUUAAUAUUUAGUCCACAAGCCUUUAUUUGCCAUUACCUGGCGGCACCUUUGAGGCAUGGAAGAAAUUAAAUUACGUGUGUACAAACACACAUUACGUGUAUUUCUUAUGGGUUCUCUAUUUGGCGUAGGACUAUAAUUAUAACAUAUAAUGUGAUUGGCGUGAAAAUAUUUUUCUAUUUUUUGAAAAUAUAGCUGUUUUAAAUUUUGUAUUGCAAAAAGGUGCCCAAUAAUGCGGGUCUAAGUUGGAUAGGAUUUUCUUUGUUUUUUAGUAAGAAAAUACCGCAUUUUAGGUUAGGAAAUGUAACAUAAAGUAAAUUGGAAAACGUUUUAUUAAAAAAAAAUAGAAGGUGAUAACUAAAAAUUAUUUCUAAACAAAUGGAAAAAUACACCAAAUAUUUAAAACAUUGUGGAAAAAGUGGCAUAAUUGAUAAAAAUAUGGAAAACCCCUUUAUUACUUUAAUUUGGCUUUAUGAAUUACAAAAAAACAUUCAACAGAUAUUGGUGGUUUACCUGGACAGGCAUAUGUAUAAAUUUUAGCGGUUGUGUAUAGUAUUUACACACACGGCACAGAUUGAUAAAAAAUAAUACUGCGCCGCGUGUAUACAUAUUAUACAUGCUUCUAAACAAGGUCAAAUACAAAAAAAAGUGUCUCUUGCUACUAUAUUUGGAUCUAAAAUCUACUUAUUAGAAAACAAAAUUAAUAAAACACUCCCGGCGCACCUGACCCAAGUUCUGAUAUACGCCCGGCAGUCAACGUGUUAACUACUUUUCCUCCAAUUCGAUAGUUCUGAAUGGUCCUCGACACAACAGAUUUUGAAACCCUUAGUUCUUGUUUUAUUACGUAUUGUGGUGUUCCCAUAUUAUAAGAUGCAAUAAUUCUGUCUUUAAGAUCAAUAGAAAAACCAACCUUUACAACCAACUUUACCUAAAAAACUUUUACCACGAGGCAUUUUUAAACAAAAUAUAGAUUUGAUACCGACCAAAACCGAUGUUUAUCUACUAAUGGUAUGAACAAUAUCGAUUAAGUCGCUUUAUUUUUGUCCAUGAAAAAAUGUAUAAAAACAUACAACAAUUUACUACUCUUGCUAUUCAUCACAAGAGGCAAAGAAUAUUUAAAUACGAUUAACAAAGGUAUGUACUGAUACUACAAAAUUGUUCCAGUACAGGUACAGUCAAGUUUUUUAGGAAUAUUAUAGCGUCGCUUAAUUUUUGUCCGAUACUGUAUGUACAUGUAAGGUACGGUAUUACUGUUUAACUUUAAAAAUUAUGUACAAAAAAAUUCAUAUUUCACCUUAUUAAGGUUAAGAACAGUAAUUAGAUACAUUCUAAAUUUUUGAUUAAAAUCUGUUAUAUUUUCGGCAUUUAAGUGUUAUGUUAAAUAAAUUAAAAUAAGUUUUCCCCUCUGUCUAGGAAAUACAAUUCGACAAUAAUUGACAAAUUUUAUAGUUAUACUAGUAUCACUUAAAAUGGAGACCUAAUGUAUAAUUGUUGCUCUUUAUAUUGUUUUUUUUAUUAGACUUUAUGAUAUUUACACUAUUAUACUGCCCUAUAAAAUUAUGGUUUAUUAUGUUACAUUUGCAUAUCUAUUCGUAUAGUUAAAAUAGUAACAUCUGAGGAGAGAUAUUACAGGGUUGUGUAGGUAUGUGAUAUGCAUUAAUGUAUUUUUUAACAAAAUUAAAUUCUGAGUAUGAUUGUAUAACCAUUUUUACCUAUUUUAUAUAUAUAUAUAUUUUAAUAAUGUUUAUAUAAUCUCAAAACACAUAGUUUUUAUUUUUAUUAUACAUUUAGUAAUAAGUUAUUGAGUCAACGAACUUUAUUCCUAAUUUCGUUUAUAUAUUAUGAUAUACACAUGUUUUAGUAAAAGUGAUUGUAAGAA